GAAGAGGGAAUAUGCGAAGAGCAUGUACCACAUGACAUGACUGUGAAAAUGACAUGACAUGCAUUGAGGAAAGCAUAAUAACAAAAGAAAGAAAACCUUGUGAUUGUGACAACGACAAGCUGAUUGAUAUGGCAACAACGCAGAAGAAGGAGGUGUAUUCAGUGUGGGCGAUCCCACCGGAAGACGUGUGUAGCCGCAUCACCAAGCUUAUGACCGCCCUCGGAUCCGAAUUCAAUGGACCCCAAUUCGAACCACACAUGACCGUCGUCGGAGCCAUAGAGUUGACCGCAGACGACGCCAUCAACAAACUCCGAUCAGCGUGUGAAGGUGUUAAAGCUUUUCAAGUCACCGUUGACCGCGUUGCUACCGGUACCUUCUUUUAUCAGUGUGUUUAUCUCCUCCUUCACCCCACCGAUCAGAUAGUGGAAACCAAUGCUCACUGCUGCAGGCAUUUCGGUUAUAGGAAUUCAACUCUUUACAUGCCACACCUGAGCCUUCUAUAUGGAGAUUUGACUGAUGAAGAGAAGCUAAAGGCUCAAGAAAGAGCUAAUAUUCUUGACGACAGUCUCAGUGGUUUGAGCUUUCAGAUAAGUAAGCUUGCAUUAUACAAAACAGACACAGAAGACAAAACUCUAAAAUCUUGGGAGAAAAUUGCUGAAUGCACUCUUACUCCAAACUAGCUUUCAAACAGUUAUACCACAUCACAAGCUGUUGUGUAAAGCAAAAAUAAAAAGUAUUUGCCAAUUGCCACAGGGCUGGAAUAAACCACUUCUAAAACUUAGGCAUCGUUUACUUUUAGAAAACAUUUUGUGUUUUUCAUUUUCUAAAAUGUGUUUUUAUUUUAUUUUGAUAAGAGACUCUUGAAGUGAACUAUUGUCAUGUAAUGAAGAUGAAAUGUUUGUAGUUGUAAAUGAAGAUGCAUUUUCGACAAUAAUAAAACAAUUUUUUGACUUUUCA